GUUUUAAUUUAACGCUAACCAUCUGAUCCGCGGUCCUUAUUGGACCUGACGCUCCGCAUCUUGCGUCGGCGGCGGCCUUCGAAAAACAGAGGCGAGGGAACAAAAGCUAGCGGUCGAAAUCGGAGAGGGCGAGAUGGGGGUCGCUGCCGAUGCGGCAACCGUGGCGGUAGCGGCUCCACCGACCAAGAAGAUGGCGGCCGACUUUGUGAUGGGCGGGGCGGCCGCAGUAUUUGCCAAAAGCGGGGCAGCGCCGGUGGAGCGGGUGAAGCUCCUGCUGCAAAACCAGGGGGAGAUGAUCAGGAGGGGGCAUUUGACUAGGCCUUACCAGGGCAUUAGGGAUUGCUUCGCAAGGGUUCUCAAUGAAGAAGGGGUUCUCGCCUUGUGGAGAGGCAACCAGGCCAAUGUCAUCCGAUAUUUCCCUACUCAGGCUUUCAAUUUUGCAUUCAAGGGCUAUUUUCGAAGCCUUUUUGGCUUCUCAAAAGAGAAAGAUGGUUACAUGAAAUGGUUAGCGGGGAAUGUAGCUUCAGGUAGCGCAGCUGGAGCAACAACAUCCAUGUUACUAUACCAUUUAGAUUAUGCAAGGACUCGGCUUGGCACAGAUGCAAUUGAAUCCAAAGCUAACAGUGAACGACAGUUUAAAGGACUAGCUGACGUCUACAGAAAGACUCUAGCAACUGAUGGUAUUGUUGGCUUGUAUCGAGGUUUUAGUGUUUCCAUACUGGGCAUCACUUUGUAUCGGGGCUUGUAUUUUGGCAUUUAUGAUACCAUGAAACCCAUUAUCCUAGUUGGACCACUGGAGGGCAACUUCUUUGCCAGUUUCACAUUAGGCUGGAGUGUGACUACAUUUUCUGGCAUUUGUGCAUACCCUUUUGAUACGCUGCGUCGGAGAAUGAUGUUGACCUCCGGACAGCCAUUCAAGUAUCAAAAUGCAUAUCAUGCUCUGAAGACAAUAGUAGGGAAUGAAGGUUUCUUUGCACUUUUCAGAGGUGCUGCUGCAAACAUGCUAUCAGGGAUGGCCGGAGCUGGUGUUCUUGCAGAUUCUAACACAGACCGCCGAGGGAUUUUAUAUAUUUCAUGGGGAUGAUGAAGGAAGCCUGCAGGAGAGAAGGUGGCAGAAUAUGAGAAGGGAGGCUGAAGAGAAACGUCUAAGAAAGUCACAUGUAUACCAUGGAGACUUCUCAUGGAAACAGGU